AUGGUUGUCGAACUGCCCCGGGGACAAGCCUUCAACGAUCGUUGCCCAGCAACGCCAUCCAUACUCCCCACCGACACAACCGUCAAGUGUUUUCUGCACCAGCGACCGAAGGGGGACUCUCAGGGCUCGGAAGCCAAGCUCGGCCGGGCUGACAGUGGAAUGGAAAGGCUGGCCCCUGAGAUUAAGCACACCCCGGCCACCACAGCUGCGGGAGGUGAAAUAACCCCUUCGGAAAACACCAAGGUCCAAGGUCCCAGAACCAACCGUCCAAAAAAGGUGGGAGGUGCUGAUGGCACAGUCGACCGAGUGUUCAAGCGGAAGCACAAAGGAAAAUUUACGGGUGCUAUCUUCAUCCACGCCGGCGCCGGCUUUCACAGUCAUCAGAACGAGCGAGUCCAUCUAGAGGCUUGCAGCGAUGCGGCUUCCAUGGGGAUGAAAUUCCUCAAAUCAGGUGCCACUGCAACGGAAGCUGUCGAAGCUGCUCUGCGUGUCCUCGAAGACAAAGAAAUCACCAACGCGGGUUAUGGCUCUAAUUUGUCGAUGGACGGGACCGUGGAAUGCGAUGCAACUAUCGUUGACCAUUUAGGAAGAAGCGGUGCCUGCGGAGCAGUUCCCAACAUCAGAAAUCCAAUCUGUCUCGCAAAGCUGAUUCUAGACAAGAGCAACCAGCCGUUAUCGUUGCGUCGAGUACCCCCGAACAUCUUGGUAGGGGAGGGCGCCAAAAACUUCUCGGUGGAAAAUGGGAUGCAAAUCGUGCCCAAUGACUACCUCAUAUCCAAGAACGCGAGAGAUCGAUUCCUACGCUGGCAGGAGGAUCUCAAACGAGCUGAGGACAAAGUCAAGCAAGCAGGCACCCGCAAAACACUCGAGGAACCAGCUGAGAACUGUCAGCAGUAUGACAACAUGCCGACAACGGUUCCCUCCCGGAUCUACCAAAGUCAGCAGAGAGACCAUGCCAAUGCUAUUCUCAAUGGAACAUGGAACGAGGGCCAGCCAGAUUCACCCCACCGAGGCUCACCGGUGCCCGAGCAGAUGCAGGGCUAUCCUCGGAUUACACCUCCGAGGGCAACAAUUGAGAGAUCCCCAUUGAGUCACGUAGGAGCCUCAACACCCUCCGUCAACAGAUCUCGACCUCACCUGCUGCAAGAGAGAGACCCUCUGACAUCCUCUCCCAGCCACUUGGCGGAAGAGGGAAAUCGUGAUGGCACAAUGUCAUCUCAGUGGACAGACGGGGCUAGACAUGCAAGCACAAUUGCACAAUUGCAGGGUUGCAGCCCUCGUGGACUUAAGAGGCCGUUUUCUGCGACUGAAUUGGAUCACGAGGACGUCAUCACCGACACUGUUGGAGCCAUAGCUAUCGACGAAAGAGGGAACAUUGCGGCAGGUUCAUCCUCUGGAGGCAUCGGAAUGAAGCAUCGCGGACGUAUAGGCCCCGCUGCUCUGGUUGGCAUCGGUACUGCUGUCGUUCCCUGCGAUCCCGAAGAUCCAGACAAAGUCAGUGUUGCCGCGGUGACCAGCGGUACGGGAGAGCACAUGGCCACCACCAUGGCGUCUCAACGGUGUGCUGAACGAAUCUAUGGCAGCACCCGUCGUGGACCGAACGGCAGAGACAUCGAAGAGUGGGACGAAGACGCUAUCAUGGAGUCCUUCAUCACGAACGACUUCAUGGGCCACCCUGGCGUCAAAAACUGCAACUCGGUCGGGGCAAUUGGUGUAAUGACAGUCAAGAAGACACGGACAGGGUACUACUUAUACUUUGCCCACAACACUGACUCUUUCGCACUCGCCUCGAUGGGUGGUUCCGAUAAGGAGCCCGUGUGCGUCAUGUCUCGUCUUGGAGAGUCAGCUCAACCGGGGGUUGAACGAGCACAGCCAAAGAUGAUGAGUUUAGACGGCACACUUUCGUGGUCAAAUGGCGCAGAGUUGAACAUCAACACGGCUAGACCUGAGAGAGCCAGGAGCGAUUGUAGUUAUUCUUACUUGGUAGUGAUACCCCUUCUUAGUGCAGCAUGCAUUCCUCCUAGAGCAUCAUCAUCUGGAGGAAACGAAGUAUAUCCAUGCAGUCCCGCCCCUUGGUCUGCGAUGGAAUUCGCUACUCGCUAUGAUCAGAUUCGAGUAACUGGGUGCCACUCGCGAUACGGAGCCGCCUUGAGACUUCGAGCCAUGGGCAACAGGCUGGCGGCAUCGUGUCGUGCUGGCUGCCUAUUCACAUUGAUCGCACUCCUGGCGGUGCUUCUGAUUUAA